GCCGCCAGUUAGCGCGCGCCACGCAACCGCGUGCAGGGACUCUUCUCGAAGCCCUUCUCCGGGCUUCGCCCCACCACCCCCUUCCUCCGGGCCCCACCAUACCCGGCCCGAGGCCUCGAAAUCUUAUAAAACUGGCCGCCAAAGGCCGCCGCCGUACCACCACUGGACACCGCACCUGUCGCCAGUCGCCACUGACGUCUCCUCCUCUUCUCGCCGUCGUCGAGCUCUUGUUCUCUCGCCGCUGCUCCCGUGGGACGAGCACCGGUUGGUUCUACGAGGAGGAGGAGGAGGAGGAGGGAAUCGGGGAGGGAGUAGAUGGGUGGGGGAGGACAGUAGUGGUGAGAGGGGAAUGAAAGGGAGGGCAACAUGCGAACCAUCUGCGACGUCUGCGAGAGUGCCCCCGCCGUCCUCUUCUGCGCCGCCGAUGAGGCCUCCCUCUGUCGACCAUGCGACGAAAAGGUCCACAUGUGCAACAAGCUUGCUAGCCGACAUGUACGAGUAGGACUGGCUGACCCUAGUGAAGUUCCCCGCUGUGACAUAUGUGAAAAUACACCUGCUUUCUUUUACUGCGAGAUCGAUGGAACUUCUCUAUGCUUGCAAUGCGAUAUGAUAGUGCAUGUUGGAGGAAAAAGAACCCAUGAAAGAUAUCUCCUAUUAAGGCAAAGGGUUGAGUUUCCAGGCGAUAAGACGACCCACAUCGAAGAUCUAUCCAUGCAACCCAAGGACCAACUUGAAAAACAGAGGGAUUAUAAUCACGGUCCUAAAAUGACGUCGAGAGAAAAACUGCCAAAUCACAAGCUUUCUACUGAUCCUGCAAUAAAUGCUAAUAGUGAUGAUCAUGGAAAAAUUAAUUCGAAAAUGAUUGAUCUAAACACAAGACCUAUACGAACUCAUGGGCAGGCAUCAAAUACCCAGACUCAAGAAGUGGAUCAUUUGAGUAAUAGCAACCACGAUGCUGCGGGUGUGGCUCCUUUGGGGCCUUUCCAUAGAGAUGCAGAGUAGCAGCAUGGUGUAUCCAAUGCUCAUCUCCGUGUAUUUGCUCUGUUUUUUGCUGAUCAUUACUUUGGAAAUGGACAGCCCUGAUUAGCCAUGUUUAGGCUGCAUGGAAGGCACCCAUAAUUUAUGUUGCAAGGAGUGGAAUGUAAAGCAUUGCUUGGAUAAUUAAUUGUUCAUGGGUCCAGUUGUGCAAUUGUGAGAAAUUUCUAGUUUGCUGAGCUGUAUAGCCACAUCUUACUUCCAUGAUGAGUGUGAUACAGUCCAAAUCAUAAUAAGUUUUAAAAAGUACAAAUAGAUUGCAGCUGUAAAUUGUAUCAGUAUAUUGUCAUCUUUUCUUCUAUAAUUUCUGCUGGAGCCUUCUCAUUGUCUUCAGAA